CUUGGCGCAUCUCUUUUUCUCCAUUUUCUCUAUCGUGUGCUAGUUAUCAGCACCAGCAGCCCACCCCCUCUGACGUCGUUCCCUCUGACGUCUGUUUUCCCCUCGCUGUAAGUAAACCUGCCACGCCCCCCAACCCGGUCUCGUGCCCACCCACACACGAUCUCUCCCUGCCUUCCAUCGACGUCUAGACCUUUUUGUUCUCGCGCCUCCUGCACUUCCCACCUCUUCUUCAUUCUCCAGCCUGCGUCUUGAUUGUUGCUUCCAGAACCGUUUUCAUCCCUGCUCAGCCAAUCUUUCGUUUAUUGCAUCUAGUUCCUCAAUCUUGCCCGGACUGGUUCCCACUGACAUCACUUCGUCCCAACCAGCGCUCUUUCUUGAAUCUCGCCUCGUGUUCACUGUUUGCCACUGGGCUCCGGACUUGCAAACUUACCGCGCACCGAGACCGCCAACUUCGCCUCCGGUAUAUAAGCCACGCCUUUGUCGAUCGAAACGCUCUUGGUUCUUAUAAUUCAUACCCUAAUACUCUACCUUGCUACGUAAUUCGAUCUCUGCAUACUAGCAACUGCGCAUUCGACUUUGCGCACCUUUGUUAUACGUCGUCGAAUCGAAUCUCCGCAGAACGGCAAACGAUCGAUUGUGCAGAAGAGACAGAGUUAUAGACUUUGACUACUUGCGUCUUCGACUACCGAGCAAUACACUGUCAACCUAAAGUAGGCAGCAUCACAUCAAAUCUCACAAACUCUAGGACCAUGUGUUUGUAGCUGAACUGCGAAUACUCGAUAUCCUGUUUUCGUCCUUUGGCUUGAUUUGAUUGCAGACUUUCUAGGUUUCAGCCAAGGAUAGUGUGCAAUCGCUUCAAGCACCAUGACGGCGCAGACAGCCCGAACGCCGGGCCCGCAAAGCCCAUAUCAUAUUUCCAUGCCUCAUACGAUAGUGAACUUGUCGAGUACCCCAACUACCUCGCCGCAAGGGCCAUUCUCUGUUGGCCAAAAUUAUCCACCUAGGGUUUCGUCUCCGAACCGAGUGCCAAAUGCUCGCGCUCCGAGUCCCAACUACUUUGGGUUGGUCAUUGAUGGCGCUAAUGAAUCCCAGGACUCGACGUUGCCUGUCAACCACAACUGGAGUCCAGCUUCGUCUUCGAUAAAGUCGUUUACGGCAGCCUUACCAAAGCCCAUCUCAUUAGAUGGCCGCCCUGAGCUCGAGGCUUUCAGACGUCAAGCUGAUAGAAAUCGAGGCGGUGGCCCAGCCGCUCUGCCAACUGUCGCCAACAUGCAGCCCUCAUCUUCAGUAGCGCCAGUACGCCCGAGACCAACAAGAUGGCACACUCAUCAUCAUGAUCGGUCCGCUCCACAGGCUUCACCAACCUCACAAACCUCAUCCUUCCAACUAGCACUCAACAAAACCCGAGCCCUUCUCAAGGCUGAACAGGAGCAAACUGGCGAACAAAUGGCUGCCAACAUUGCGCCGCCACCUAUAUCCAAGAGCACAAAGCGAAACUCGGAUUCUUUACUUAUCCCUGGACAGCUUACCGCUCUGGCUCCUAUGGGCUCACCAUUGCCCAUUGAUGAAGAAGCACCACCAGCUGUGCCGCCUGUUACAAACACCCCCGACCCUCGACUUACUCUAAUGGAACGCCGACUAGCCAUGCCACUCUCGUUGAGCAGUGCGGCCGCCAGAGCCACUACACUACCACCCAAAUUAGACCACAAUCAAAUAAAUAUGCUGAAUACCGAUGAAUUCAAGCUACUGUUGGACAGCAUAGACUCCGACAAGCUCCUGCUGCUGGAUAUCCGAUCAGCUCAAAAUUACUCCGAGUCUCGAAUCACAGGGGCUCUCAACCUGUGUAUCCCAACGACAUUGCUUAAGCGAGCCACAUUCAACAUUGAGAAAUUGCAACAAACCUUCCAAGGCAACAAAGCUUCGGGAAAAUUCUCACGUUGGCAGGAAAUGGAAUGGAUUAUCGUUUACGAUUCCCGCGCGAAUGACAGCCGUGACGCAGUUACAGCGCAAAACAUGGUCAAAAAGUUCACAUCUGCAGGCUUUUCAGGUAAUACAGCAAUUCUUCGAGGAGGAUUUACCCUGUUCCGCGACUCCUUUCCGAACUACGUGGAUUGUGAAUCCACCACCUCACAAGCACAGCAGUCUGCUUCAACUAGUAACGGUAUUGGAAAUGGCGGCCUGGCACCAGUGAUUGGCGGCGUACAGCUUCCAAGCGGCAAGAAUGAUCACAAUCCAUUCUUCUCCAACAUUCGGCAGAAUAUGGAUCUGGCAGAUGGCGUAGGACAGUAUGAAGCCACAAGGCCAGAAGGACUGCUCUCAACUUCAUUACCGGCGUGGCUGCAACGGGCAACUUCGCCCGAGAAUCACGGAAAGGAGAUGGCACAAAAGUUUCUCAAGAUUGAAUUGGAGGAGCAAUCUCGAAUGCGCGGAGCCUACGCAGCUUUUAACCCGCAACAUGAUAAGAGUGGUACCAAGGUGCAGCUCUGUGGUGUGGAGAAGGGAGUGAAGAAUCGCUACAAGGAUAUUUUGCCCUUUGAACAUGCACGAGUUCGACUAGAGGGUCGCUCCGGAAGUACUUGUGACUACAUCAACGCAAGUCACUUGCGUGCCUCGGGGAGUAAUAAGAAGUAUAUUGCCACGCAAGGACCUCUCCCUGCAACAUUUGAGGACUUUUGGUCUGUCGUCUGGGAGCAGGAUGUGCGCGUCAUUGUCAUGCUAACGGCCAUGUCUGAGGGCGGGCAGUUGAAAUGCCAUCCUUACUGGGAGAGCAAAGAGUUUGGUCCGCUGCGAUUACGACUACUAUCAGAGAGGAAGGCAUCCUUGGAUAUGGAUCGCCAACGAUCUGACUCGCAUGGCGCACCAGAGACACAAACUGGAUCCGAACAAAAGCGCAGACGUGCCAACACCACCACAACAUUCGAAACUCGAAGCCAGGCUGCUGCCGCGACGGAUUCCAACUAUGUCAUUGUACGCAAAUUUGCGCUCUCGCACACGGCUCACCCAUUUGCACCCAUCCGUGAGAUUACACAUUUGUACUUCCCUGGAUGGCCCGACUUUGGUACGCCAGCACAGCCCUCCCACCUGCUGGCACUUGUGGAACUUGCCAACGUCAUGCAGCGCGCCGCUUUACCGGUGGAAACGAAUGCAAUUGUCGAAGCACACAAAUCCAACGGAGAAUCACUGCCUAGCGCGUGGUUUGAAGAGCCUGAUAACGACGCCAAUUCGCGCCCCAUGUUGGUGCACUGCUCCGCUGGCUGUGGUCGAACUGGUUCAUUUUGCACUGUCGACACUGUCAUUGACAUGAUGAAGCGACAGAAACAUGCUGAAUACGCGGCUUCUCGCGCAACGGACUGUGAAGGAGACAUCAAUAUGGAUGCAGGCGCCGAUGGCAACUCAACUUCUACCGCAACAGCGGGUGAAUCAUACUUUAUGCAGAGUGCGCAAUCUCUAGACAGCGUUGUCAAAUUGCAGAGCCAGCAGCAGGGCUCUAAUCUCGAUCUCUCAUGGAUCGAUGAUGGCGAUGCCGAUUUGAUUCAGCGAACAGUCCAUGACUUUCGCGAGCAGCGGCUUAGCAUGGUGCAGAGCCUUCGCCAGUAUGUGCUCUGCUAUGAGUCGAUGUUGGAAUGGAUCCAUCGAUCGGAGGAAAGGCACCGCGCGUUGCCUGCUACGAGGACGAGGAAGCGAAGUGGGAGCUCGAGUCAAUGAGGAUAUCAUAUAAAUGGCGCCCGGACAUGAUGGGAUAAAAGUCUUGUUCCCUUGCUUUUUUGGAAUAUUUGGCCUUGAGACAUGGAUGUCUCUGCUGAAUAUAUGGCGUUUAUUGAGUUUUAGCGUCUGCAUACACCCGGUUAGAUGAUGGUCGUCUAUAUCUGGCACUCUUAGAAACGUAUAGUUUCUAAAGUCAUCGGUAUUAUGCCGACUGCAUCAAGGAGCUGAGGUUACAGCAGCAAAGGGCCUGCGUUUAUAGCGGCAUGUACAUUAGUUUUUAAUGAAGAAGCCAUAACGGUUAUUAAUGUGUUUGAUACUUGAUGGCUUUCUGUUUCCAGUAAAGGCAACAAGGGUUGCCU